AUGCUACGCCCUCUGGCUGAGUACCCGGGAGGGCCGGAUCCCUAUUACUCACGGCCCUACGGUAGAAGUGAGCCUAUAUCAGAGGAUGGUCUAGUCCAAUCCCCUUCUAACUAUGACGAGGGCAUACUAGAUAACUCGAGUGCCAUCCGCCACAGCAUAGACAGUGGAUAUCAUGGAGGCUCUUCUGGCUUUCCAGCCUAUCCAGAUUCUAACCAGAGACAGCCAUCGACCAUAUGGGAUCCUGCGCGACAGUCGAGUCAUUCAUACCCAUCACCAACUCCAUCGCAAUAUGACCCCGUCAAUGGCGCCCCAGCGCCCUCGCACCUUAGUUACCAAUCGGAUGGGUACAGCCCCUAUGGCCUACAGGAGACUUUCACUGACUAUAAGGUUCAAACGACACCGUUCUACUCCAUCGGUAGGGUUAUUUCGGUCUAUUGGGCAGAGCCUGCCGGUGAUACCUCUGCACCUCACGGUCGUGGCAGCCCCUACUUCUACUUAACAGGGCAUGGUCAAGAAGUUCAUGCAAACAUUCGUAGAAUGGUCGUUGUCAAAAAUGAACAAGGCUGUUCGUGGUGCCUGGCCAUAUAUACAUACGGAGAGAGGGGCCUAAUGAAACCAGGCAUUGACCUGAAGACCCAUUCGGUGAUACACGUGAGGGGAACCCAGCCGGAAUAUUAUGGAUCAGGCCGGGUGCCUGGAAUAUCCCCUAUCAUGAUAAACCCUUAUACCCCAAGAGAUCAACUUCAUCCUAAAUCUUGUCUAAACUUUGGAAAGGUCUUUACUGUGGAUCACAACAUCAAGGUAAAGCCCAUUGGCCAAGUCAGCGAAGAAUGUAUGCGAGUAUUCCGACGAGCUUGGAGACAAUGCGUUGAAAACGAAGAGUAUGGCAAUUAUGAACCUCUGAACGGUUACCCUACCGAUUCCUACCGCUGA